AUGACCUCUCUGGAAACCAUUCUCGCUGCCAAAUACCCGGCCAAAGCUCAUGCUCGACGGGUUGCUGACGGCCUCAAAGCUCUUGGCCAUAAUGGUGGCGUUAUCUACUUAGAAGCCCAGAAAACCCGUCUGAUCGAGGACAAUGAUGAGCCGGUGCCUUUCAGACAGCGUCGCCCUUUCUUCUAUCUCUCGGGAUGUUUGCUCCCAGACUCCGCCUUAAUUUACAACAUCGACGCCGACCAGUUGACUCUCUUUAUUCCCCCUAUUAGCCCAGACGAUGUGAUUUGGUCCGGUCUCCCCAUGUCCCCCACCGAAGCUCUAGCCCAGUAUGACGUCGACAAUGUGCUCGAAACUACUGAAGUCAAUGCGACAUUGGCAACUAUCGCUGCCGUAAAUGGCGCCAACUCUAUCGCAUUCGCCAUCGGUGAGCAGGUCUCCGAGGACACCAAGUUCCAGGGCUUUUCCACAAUCAGCCUUGAUAUUCUGAAGGGGGUGAUUGAAAAGGCUCGCGUGGUUAAGGAUACCUAUGAGGUUGCGCUGCUGAGGAAGGCCAACGAUAUCUCUGCGAAAGCUCAUAUCGCCGCCGUCAAGGCAUCCAAGGCUGCCACAAACGAGCGCGAAAUCGAAGGUGCCUUCAUCUCAACUUGCAUUGCGAACGGUGCCCGUGAGCAGUCUUACCAUCCAAUUGUCGCGUGCGGCAAGAACGGAGCUACUCUCCAUUACGGCCGGAAUGAUGAGGACCUGAUCGACCCAUCUACCCAGAGAAGGAAGGAUAAUGUGCUCAUCGAUGCCGGGGGAGAGUACCGCACGUACUGCGCUGACAUUACUCGGGUGUUCCCUCUUAACGGGAAGUUCCUGCCUGAGACCCGCCAGAUCUACGAGAUCGUCCUAGAGAUGCAGUUAGAAUGUAUUAAGAUGCUGAAGGAAGGCGUGCAGUGGGAAGAUGUCCAUGCGCAUGCUCACCGCAUUGCAAUCAAGGGCUUGCUAAAACUGGGGAUCCUGCGCGGGUCCGAGGACCAGCUCUUCGACAAGAGGAUUAGCGUUGCAUUUUUCCCUCAUGGUCUAGGCCAUUACCUUGGCAUGGACACCCAUGAUACUGGUGGCAAUCCUAACUACGAAGAUACCGACACCAUGUUUAGGUAUCUCCGUGUACGGGGCAAGUUGCCUGCAGGAUCAGUUAUCACUGUCGAGCCCGGUAUUUACUUCUGCCCCUUCAUCAUCGACCCAUUCACCAAAUCCCCCGAGCUGAAGAAGUAUAUUGAUGAGGACGUUCUGGCGCGAUACUGGGCUGUUGGUGGAGUUCGGAUUGAGGAUAACAUCCACAUCACCAAGGAGGGCUCCGAGAACCUGACCACCGCUCCUAAAUUCAUUGAGGAGAUGGAGAGCUUGGCUGCGUAG